UGUUUUUGUACUUGUGUAGGUGGUAGGCGCUCGGUUUUGUAGUGAUUCUUUAAUUUAAUUAAUUUAGAAUAAUUCAAAAUGAAGUGGUGGAACAUUUUGGUGAUAAUUGCUAUGUUUAGUUUGUUAUUAAUAGUGAUCCCUAUUUCGUAUAAGUCGGGAAAUAGUAAACAACAGUUGCAAUUAAUGUUUGACGAAUACAUACAAAAGUUUAAUAAAACUUAUAAAAAUAACCCAGCAGAGUAUGCGACGAGAUUUGAGCACUUUACGGCUUCCUUAGAAGAAAUAGAGCAACUUAACAGCCAAUCCCGUGGCUCGGACACCCAAAAGGCCCGGUAUGGCCUGACCCAUCUCUCCGACAUGUCCAAAGCUGAAUACCAGGAGUUACAUCUCUCCGAUGAACAGCUGAAGAAGUCUCCGAGGGAGUACAAUCAGACAUGGAGUAGGUUCAGAGAACAGCAACGGAUGGAGCACUUGAAGCAAGUCGGGCCUUCUUAUGUAAGGACUAAGAGGGCAGCUGCGAGUUUACCGUUAACAGUUGAUUGGAGGGCAAAGGGCGUGAUAGGGCCAGUUCGGAGCCAAGGCAUGUGCGGUGCAUGCUGGGCCUUCAGCACUAUCGGGAUCGUUGAAGCUAUGGCUGCCAUCAAGACCGGAAAAUUUGUGCCGCUCAGCGUUCAGGAAGCUAUAGACUGCGCAACGCUCGGCAACGCCGGUUGCCAAGGCGGAGAUAUCUGUCUACUCCUCGACUGGCUCAUGAUCUCCAAAACAGCUCUGCAGACAGCCACAGAAUACCCGCUAAGACUCAUGGAUGGAGCGUGUAGGCUGAGUAAGAACGCUACUGGUGUGCGGGUCAGGACAUUUACUUGUGAUGAUUUCGUGGGUGCUGAAGACAAAAUACUAGAAGCCCUCGCCACGCACGGGCCGGUCGCCGUAGCGGUAAACGCGCUCACGUGGCAAAACUACCUCGGUGGAGUUAUUCAAUACCAUUGCCCAGGUUCCCCGACCGACUUAAAUCACGCAGUGGAGCUCGUUGGCUACGACUUGUCGAGCGACGUGCCGCACUACAUAGCUAAGAAUUCCUGGGGAGGCGAGUUCGGGAACGGUGGCUACGUUAGUCUUGCCGUAGGCACCAAUGUGUGUGGGAUCGCCAACGAGGUCGCUAGUGUAGACGUGCUUUAAACUUUGACGUCUUGGAUUUUUUUCCAUUGAAAUCCUUCCUACAUCCGAUAUCGGAUCGGAUAAUGUGAACACGAACUUAGGGUCGAGACUCGAGACAGAUUGCAACUUGCGUAUCACUGCAAAAUACACGUAAAAUAAAAAUUCAGUCGAAUUGAGAACCUCCUCCUUUUUUGAAGUCGGUUAAAAACUUGUUUGUUUUUUUUAAAAAAAAAACAAAUAUAAUUGUACCUACCGAUUGGUUACUGUAUUUUGAGAGUUUUGUUUUUUAAUUGAAAUAGUUAAAAUGUUGAAAACUUAUAUGUAAGAUGAACACUUAUUUUUAGGGCAGCUUUUAAAGGCCGAUAUAAUUAUCAAAAAUGUAAUAGAGUAAUGGUAAAAUAGACUGAAUAAUAGGCAGCUGAUAUGCAUUGUAACUUACUUACAGACAGUUGUUUUUUUAUAUUUUGUACAUACAUACAUACAUAAAAUCACGCCUGUAUCCCAUAAAGGGGUAGGCAGAGCACAUGAACUACUAAGUUUCAGUGCCACUCUUGGCAAGAAGGGGUUGAAAGAAAU